GUUUUAAUGAUUCGGAUAAGAGACUCAAUUCCUUAGAAAAGAGCAUAGAGGCCUUAGUGAAAUCGCAAACUAACUUGACCCAAUCCCAACAAACCUUCAUGCAAACUUUAACCCAAGAUCGGCAACUUUUGCAUUCUAAUGUGCAAGCCGUAUCUAAGUUAGAGUCCCAAUUGAGUCAAUUAGCGAGCACGUUGUGUGAACGAGAAAAGAACAAAUUCCCGAGCCAACCCGAGGUGAACCCGAAAUUCCCUCUUAAUCAAAGACCCCCGGAUAAUGUGCAUUCGGUCAUUUCCCUUAGGUCGGGUAAACAAGUUGAUACCCAAGUUGGUGAGAACCUCGGUAAGAAAGGGGAUUCGACUUCUAACCCAAGUCCACCCCGCACUACCAUUAAUCAUGACAAACCCGAGAGUUCAAAAGCCCGUGAGGAGUCGAGUGACCCAAACCCGGAACCCGAGUUGCAAAGUGAAGUAGUCUAUAAACCAAGAGUCCCUUAUCCUCAAAGACUUAUUUCACCCAAGCAAUCGGCUCAAAUGGAGAAGAUUUUGGAAGUAUUUAAGCAAGUCAAGGUCAACAUACCCCUUUUAGAUGCAAUUCAACAAAUUCCUUCAUAUGCUAAGUGUCUUAAGGAGUUAUGUACCCAUAAGAGAACCAACCAUGUCCCUAAGAAAGCUUUCCUUACGUCUCACAUAAGUUCGAUUCUCUCAAACCAAAUUCCCGUGAAAUACAAGGACCCCGGUUGUCCUACAAUUUCAUGUGUCAUAGGAGAAACUUUUGUGGAUAAGGCGUUACUUGAUUUAGGGGCUAGUGUUAAUCUCCUUCCAUAUUCUGUCUACCAAGCUUUAGGUUUAGGGGAGCUUCGACAAACCAAUGUCACACUUCAAUUAGCCGAUCGAUCCGUGAAAAUUCCUAAGGGAAUGAUCGAAGAUGUGCUAAUUAAAGUAGGUGAUUUUGUGUUUCCCGUAGAUUUUGUCGUCCUAGAGACCGAGCCGGUUAGGAACCCGAAGAAUCAAAUUCCCAUAAUCCUAGGACGACCCUUUUUAGCUACAUCCAACGCUUUGAUUAAUUGUAGGAACGGCUUAAUGAAGCUAACAUUUGGUAACAUGACAAUCGACCUCAACAUCUUUCAUGUAGGGAAACAAUCCGAUGAUUUCUAUGAUCAACCUUUAGACGUUAAUCUAAUUGAUGAAAUAGUUGAUCAAGAUCUCAUGAAUCCUAAUGAUGCCCUUGAAUUUUGCUUAAAACAUUUUGGAGAGGAUUGGGAUGUUUCCGACUACACACAUGAGGUCAACCAAAUGUUAGAAUCCACCAUUCCUACAACAAGUCAAGAGCGUGAUGUUGAACCCGAGCCUUUGCCAUCACCAAAUAAAACCGUUGAGUCACAACCGCCGGAAUUAGAACUCAAACCUCUUCCCGACACUCUUAAGUAUGCUUUUCUAGGCCCUAACGAGUCAUAUCCCGUCAUCAUUGCCUCUAAUUUGACUACGUCACAAGAGGAAGAACUUUUAGGAAUCCUUAGAAAGCAUAAGGGAGCGAUAGGGUGGAGCAUUUCGGACAUUAAAGGAAUUAGCCCGGCGAUUGUCCAACAUAGGAUUCAUUUGGUAGAAGAUGCAAAGCCCGUAAGAGAACCUCAAAGGAGGUUGAAUCCUCCCAUGAUGGAGGUAGUUAAGAAAGAGAUUCUUAAGUGCUUAGACAAUGGGAUCAUUUAUCCCAUUUCCGAUAGUAAGUGGGUGAGCCCCGUCCAUGUAGUGCCUAAGAAGUCGGGCAUUACUUUGGUAACCAAUGAGAACAAUGAGCAAGUUCCAACACGUGUCCAAUCCGGUUGGAGAAUGUGUAUAGACUUUAGGAAGCUCAAUGCCGUCACUAGGAAAGAUCAUUUUCCUUUGCCCUUUAUCGAUCAAAUGCUAGAAAGGUUAGCGGGUCAUGCUUUUUAUUGCUUCUUAGAUGGUUACUCGGGAUAUUUUCAAAUCCCAAUCGCACCCGAGGACCAAGAAAAGACCACCUUCACUUGCCCCUUUGGAACCUUCGCUUAUAGACGUCUAGCUUUCGGCCUAACUACGGGCCCGUCCACGUUCCAAAGGUGCAUGACUAGCAUCUUCUCGGAAAUGAUAGGUGACUUUCUAGAAGUCUUCAUAGAUGAUUUUUCCAUCUUUGGACCAUCUUUUCACCAAUGCCUUAACAAUCUAGACUUAGUUUUGAAAAGAUGUGAGGAAACUGAUCUAGUGUUAAAUUGGGAGAAAUGUCAUUUCAUGGUUAAGGAGGGAAUCGUUUUAGGACACAAAAUUUCUGAAAAAGGGAUCGAAGUAGACAAGGCUAAGGUCGACCUAAUAGCUAAUCUCCCUCCUCCCAAGUCCGUUAAGGAAAUUCGUUCUUUCCUUGGACAUGCGGGAUUUUAUCGUAGAUUCAUCCAAGAUUUUAGCAAAAAGGCCCGACCUUUGACCAACCUUCUAGCUAAGGAUGUCAAAUUCGAGUUCACAAGCGAGUGUGUUCAUUCCUUCGAAGACCUUAAGAGAGAAUUGACUUCGGCCCCAAUCAUGAAGUCUCCCGAUUGGAGUCAACCUUUUGAGCUUAUGUGUGACGCAUCCGAUUAUGCCAUAGGAGCAGUUUUAGGACAACGAAUAGAUAAGAGGCCUCAUGUCAUUUACUACGCUAGUAAGACCUUAAAUGAUGCCCAACUCAAUUACUCUACCACCGAGAAGGAACUUCUAGCCGUAGUCUUUGCCUUAGAAAAAUUUCGCUCUUAUCUUAUUGGGUCCAAAAUCAUUGUUUACACCGACCAUGCCGCUCUUAAAUACCUUUUUUCUAAAAAAGACUCAAAAGCCCGCUUGAUUAGAUGGGUGUUGUUGCUCCAAGAGUUUGACUUAGAGAUUAGGGAUAAGAAAGGUUGUGAGAAUGUCGUCGCCGAUCACCUCUCUCGAUUAGUGGUUGAAUCCACUAACGACUUGCCCUUAAGCGAGUCCUUUCCCGACGAACACCUUCUCUCAAUUUCCACUCUCCCUUGGUUCGCCGACAUAGUCAAUUACCUAGCAACCGGUGACAUUCCCUCGACAUGGUCCAAGAAUGAUAAAGCCAAGUUCUUUUCUCAAGUGAAACAUUUCUUUUGGGAUGACCCGUAUCUCUUUAAACAUUGUCCCGAUCAAAUUAUUAGGAGGUGUGUCCCAAAUAGUGAGUUUCAUAGCAUCCUCUCGUUUUGUCACGAUCAAGCAUGUGGAGGUCAUUUUAGUGCGAAGAAGACCGCCGCUAAAAUCCUCCAAUGCGGUUUUUAUUGGCCUACUUUGUUUAAGGAUGCCGCUGAGUAUUGGAGGAACAUGAUGCCUAUGAGCCCAAUCCUUGUUGUUGAACUUUUUGAUGUGUGGGGCAGAGAUUUCAUGGGUCCAUUUCCUAAUUCAUUUGGCCACCUUUACAUACUUCUCGCGGUUGAUUACGUUUCUAAGUGGGUAGAAGCCAUUCCGACCCGGUCCAAUGACAACAAAGUUGUCCUUCGAUUCCUUAAAGAGAAUAUCUUUUCUCGAUUUGGUACACCUAGGGCUAUCAUUAGUGACCAAGGGACUCAUUUUAAAAACCGUCAAUUCGAGUCACUUCUGAAGAAGUACUCUAUCACUCAUAGGCUUGCUACCCCUUAUCAUCCUCAAACUAGUGGCCAAGUAGAGGUUUCAAACCGGCAAAUUAAGCAAAUCUUAGAAAAGACGGUCAACUCAAAUAGGAAAGAUUGGUCCACCAAGUUGAUAGAUGCCUUAUGGGCCUAUCGGACCGCCUUUAAGACCGUCUUAGGAAUGUCUCCUUAUAGACUCGUGUAUGAAAUCAUGUCGACUACUGCCUUCGAGUACAAUGGAGCAAAAUUUGUCACCAACAACUACUCAGCUAUUCUGGAUAAUGAUGAAGCACCCAAGGAGUUUCAUCUUAUUCAAGAUUUCCUGGCUCACAGUGAGCUUAUGUAUGCUCUAACUCAGCCAGAGCAAAUCUCCCCUUCUCAAGUCCUAACCCUCUGGAGAUCAGCAAACUACGAUGAUGGCGGUGAAAAGGGUUCUCCAUCUCUUACAUGCAAUUAUGAAGGCCAAGAGUAUGCUAUCUCACCUGCAACUAUCAGGAAGGCUCUUCAUCUUCCUGAAGAAAAGAAGUUUGAUUCAUCAGUUCCUACUCAAACUCUGAGGGACAUGAUGCUUUUUCUUGGGAGAAAAGAAAAUAUGAAUAUUGUCUACUACUCAAGAUUUUGUCAGCUUAUAUUUUCUUACUGCUUCCCUGAUGUGCCCCUUCCUGAAGAAGGAAAUGAACUCCCUUUUAAAAUCACCAAAAGAGCUUUUACUGAUCUGAUUAAAAAGGAUAGUAAAAAGAAUGCUGCACCUGUAUUUGCUAUUCCUGUGACUGUACAGGAUAAGCUGAAGUUAGCUCUACCAGACAAGUAUGGAGCCCUAUUCUCUGAUGAUAAUAUCCCACAGCCUCCAUCUCCAGUUCAUAACCCAAUACCAACUGCUGAUCCCAAACCAACCUCUGGUUCUUCCCAACAAGGACCAGUUGUAAUAUCUUCACCAAAAAGGGUACUGAGGUCUUCUAGAUCCCCAUCCAAACAGCAAUCUCCUCCUCCCAGGAAAAGAAGAUUCCUUCAGAAGAUUUCAGAUUCUGAAUCAGAAGAAGACAUUCCUUCUCCUCCACCAGCAAAGAAACUGAGAAAGAAAAUAAAGGCAACCUCUAUUACUGAUCUGACUGUGGACCCACCACAAUCAGAGGAACCUAAACAACCUUUGAUUCCUUUCUCUGAUCAAUCUGCAGAGCCACUGUUGAUAGAACCUAUCUCUGCAGUGCCACUUGAUAUUGCUGCAGCUGACCAACAAAUGUCAGAGUCAACCUCUGAUCACAAUGAUCAAUCUGAAGGAACAAAGUCUGUUGAAGAGAAUAUAGCAGCUGAUAUUCUUGUGUCAGAAACAGUUCCUGCUGUCCCCAAUCAAUCAGAAGAUGCACAGAUAGAGUUGGUCUUGCAAAUGAUUCAGGAUUCUCUGCUUCAACCUGAAGUUCUUGUUGCAGCUCCUGCUCAGGAGAUUACUGAAGCUGCAAACUCUGAUGCAGCUACUGAAGCUCUAGAAGAAAAUUCACCAGAAAGGGUUGAUUCCCCAGUUAAGAUACUGUCACCAGUUAGGGAAUCCACUCCAUUUACAGCACCUGCAGUUCCAAGCUCUCCAAUUCCAUUUUCUGAGCCUGCUAGAAGGAAAAUUUGCCACUUGUCAUAUAAUCACAGGAUGUGCAGAACCACAUCACCUUCUGUGGAAGAUAGGCUUACCUCUAUUGAAGCCACUCAGGCUUCAAUGAAUUAUACUCUGGCAGAUUUGAGUGCUUCUGUGGCACAGCUGGUACAGUCAGAGAUUCAGAUGCAUUAUCCAAAGAAAUUGAUCUUGUGA